AUGUGGCCGUGCUGGCUGUGCCCGCAGGUGCCGGGCGCCAUGGCCCCCCCCAAGGACAUCAUGACCAACUCGCACGCCAAGUCCAUCCUCAACGCCAUGAACGCCCUGCGGAAGAGCAACACGCUCUGCGACGUCACCCUCCGCGUGGAGCACAAGGACUUCCCGGCCCACCGCAUCGUCCUGGCCGCCUGCAGCGACUACUUCUGCGCCAUGUUCACCAGCGAGCUCUCAGAGAAAGAUAAACCCUACGUAGAUAUCCAGGGACUGACAGCUUCCACCAUGGAAAUCCUGCUAGACUUUGUAUAUACAGAAACUGUUCACGUGACAGUAGAAAAUGUCCAAGAAUUGCUCCCAGCGGCAUGUCUGCUUCAGCUGAAAGGUGUGAAACAAGCUUGCUGUGAGUUUCUAGAAAGCCAGCUGGAUCCAUCAAAUUGUUUGGGCAUUCGGGAUUUUGCUGAGACACACAAUUGUGUUGAUCUAAUGCAAGCUGCAGAGGUCUUCAGCCAGAAACAUUUUCCAGAGGUGGUUCAGCAUGAAGAGUUUAUCCUCUUAAAUCAAGAAGAGGUUGAAAAGCUCAUCAAGUGUGAUGAAAUUCAGGUGGACUCCGAAGAGCCAGUGUUUGAGGCAGUUAUAAACUGGGUGAAGCACUCAAAAAAAGAACGUGAAGCAUCGCUGCCAGAACUGCUGCAGUACGUGCGCAUGCCGCUUCUCACCCCCCGCUACAUCACAGACGUCAUCGACACCGAGCCUUUUAUACGAUGCAGUCUGCAGUGCAGAGACCUUGUAGAUGAAGCUAAGAAAUUUCAUCUUCGGCCCGAGCUCCGGAGUCAGAUGCAAGGACCCAGGACAAGAGCACGUCUAGGAGCUAAUGAAGUCCUGCUUGUGAUCGGCGGCUUUGGCAGCCAGCAGUCACCUAUUGAUGUUGUGGAGAAAUACGACCCAAAGACUCAGGAGUGGAGUUUCUUGCCAAGCAUCACCCGUAAGAGGCGCUACGUUGCUACAGUGUCCCUGCAUGAUCGGAUCUAUGUGAUUGGGGGGUAUGAUGGUCGCUCUCGUCUCAGCUCGGUGGAGUGCUUGGAUUAUACAUCAGAUGAGGAUGGGAUCUGGUACUCCGUGGCUCCGAUGAAUGUACGGCGAGGCCUGGCGGGAGCCACGACCCUCGGAGACAUGAUCUAUGUUUCCGGUGGGUUUGAUGGAAGCCGACGUCACACCAGUAUGGAACGAUACGACCCGAACAUUGAUCAGUGGAGUAUGCUGGGAGACAUGCAGACAGCACGGGAAGGAGCAGGGCUUGUUGUAGCUAAUGGAGUUAUCUACUGCCUCGGUGGCUAUGAUGGGCUGAACAUACUGAAUUCUGUAGAGAGGUAUGAUCCCCACACUGGACACUGGACAAACGUCACCCCGAUGGCCACUAAGCGCUCAGGGGCUGGAGUGGCUCUGCUGAAUGACCAUAUUUAUGUAGUUGGUGGGUUCGAUGGGACGGCACAUCUCUCCUCCGUGGAAGCCUAUAAUAUUCGCACUGAUUCCUGGACAACUGUAACAAGCAUGACAACCCCUCGCUGCUAUGUGGGGGCCACCGUGCUGCGGGGAAGGCUGUACGCAAUCGCUGGAUACGAUGGCAACUCACUGCUGAGCAGCAUUGAGUGCUAUGAUCCCAUCAUCGACAACUGGGAAGUGGUGACCUCCCUGGGGAUGCAGCGCUGUGACGCUGGAGUCUGCGUCCUUCGGGAGAAGUGA